CGCAAUCGCAACGUCGCAGUCGCGGCAUCGCAACACCACCACGCUCAUUACGCAACACACGCAUACGGCCCGCGCAUAGACACCGCAGGCCAUCCCGCAGGCCAUCCCGCAGGCCACUCCGCAGGCCACUCCGCAGGCCAAGCCCACACACCACGCCCAAUCGACCAUCCAUGACCUGCGAUUCCUCGCUCUCACAUCGCUCCGCUCGGUGACGCUCCCUCGGUGGCCAUGGGCGACGUCGAGUCGCUCGCGCAGCUGCUGCGCCAUCCCGAAGACCUCGACAAGAUCCCCGCGCUCAAGGCCGAGUUCUCGCGCAAAAAGGCCGCCGUCGACGGGCAGCUGCGCCAUGGCCUGCGCGAGCAGCUGGAGCUGACGCAGGCCGGCAUGAACAGCAUCUCCGAGGGGCAGCGCACCGUCAACCUGAUCAAGGAGGAGAUGAUGAAGAUUGACAAGCUGUGCGCCGAGGCCCAGAACAUGAUCCAGGACUUCCCCCACAUCAACGUCGUCGCCCAGACCCACAAGAACUUCGAGAGCGUGGAGACGAUGCGCAAGGACAUCCAGAGCUUCGACGAGCGCCUGGCGCAGCUCGAGUACCUGCUCGACCAGGACGACGAGGCGCCCACCGAGCAGCCCAAUCUGCUGCAGAUCCACUACGGCCUGACGCAGCUGCGCGACAUCCGCGACGUGGCCAUGGACCAGAUCAAGAGCACCGAGCAUGGCUCCACCGAGCUCAUCGACAACCUCACGCUCGAGAACGGCGCGACGGUGCAGGACCUCUUUGCGCGCCUGGACGACGUCAUCGAGCGCUUCGACCAGCACAUCGGUGAGGCCUGCAUCAACCUGAUCGAGCUGGUGCAGACGGGCAACGACGGUAUGGUCGUGCGACUCGCCGUCAUCGUCGAGGAAGAGGAGAAGACGGAUGCCAAGGUCAAGGCACUGCAAGACGCCCAGCGCGAGUACAAGGACCUAGCAUCCCGGUUCAAGUCCAUCACCGCAGGACCCAAGGAGCUGCGCGGCUACAAGGACAAGUUCACCAAAGCUAUCGAGUACGUCUGUGAAGCCAACAUGGCCGAGGUCCGGGAGAAGUUCGACGAAGACCCCGACAAGGUGGACAAGUACUUCAAGUGGUACUUCAACAACCUCAACACCGUGAAGCUGGGCAUGGUGAAUCUGAUGCCGAAGAAGUGGAAGAUCAUGCAAACAUAUACGAACAUCUACCACAGACAGAUGCACGACUUCCUUAUGAGCCUCGCCGACGACGAAGGCCUUGGGCCGCAAUACCUCCUCGCCGUCAUCAACUGGGUGGAUAGGUACUACGCUAAGAUGAACAAGCUCGGCUUCCCUGGAGAAUCACUGGAGCCUCAUGUUAUCGACAACCGCGGCCCAGAGCUUAUCCGCACAUACCGACAAGUCAUCAUCAACGCCGUAGACCAAUUCAUGGACCGCAUCAACUCUGGCGACCGCAAGUCCUUCCUCGACCAAGACCGCAACGCCUACGAAGUCAACCCCGACGGCAUUUUCCAGACGCGCUCCCUCGGCGAUGUAUGGACCAUGCUCUCGCAAAACCUCUCCGUAGCCGCGAGCAGCGACCGCAACGACGUCGCCGAAGGCACCGUCGACUCCAUGAUCCGGGCACUCACCACGCGCCAACGCAUCUGGACGCAGCUCAUCGAUGACGAAAAGGACAAAUACAUGGGCCCCACCCCCGCACAAGACGGCGACGGCGUAGCAGUCUUCCAAGAAUGGCUCAUCGCCAUCGCCAACGACCAGAUCAUCUGCAUCGACGACGCUGACGAAGCGAGCGGUCGCCCGAGUUUUGUCACGAUUUUUGAGAGAGAAGCGAGUCCCCUGCUGUCUCCAACGUAUCUGUCCGACCGCCUGGCUCCGCAACUCGAUGAGCUGCGGAACGGAUAUAUUGACAUCUCAUCACACUGCAUACAGAUCUUCUGCCAGCUCAUCUUCUUAACUGAUUUCCGCCCCAUCCUCAGCAAGUUCUUUACGCAGGAGUGGUACCAGCGCACAGACAUGGCGUCCAUCAUCAUCACGUUCCGCGACUACCUCGCCGACUACGAAGAACAAGUUCACCGCUCCUUACGAGACUUGUUGAUCGAUUCGUUAGCGGAUGAGCUGUUGGUGCAAUAUCUCGGCGCCGUGCGCAACAAAGGCGUCAAAUUCCGGCGCAGCGACGCGUUCGCCGCCAAGCUACGCGACGACUUGGUAACAGCAUUCGAGUUCUUCCGCACGUACGGGGACCAAGGUCGUGAAAUAAUGGGUAGGUGGCGCGCUGUGGAGUUUUUCCUCAGACUGCUAGAGACGGACAAGAGUCAGGUGCCGUUCGUGUAUGAAGAGUUCAAGGCGACGUAUAGAGAGGUGCACAUCGGCUGGGUCGAGGCGGUGCUGAGGAGUAGGGAUGAUUUUGAUAGGGCGAUGUUGAAUGCGGUGAAGAGUAAGGCGGCGGAGGUCACGGAGGAUUUGGAUGCACCGGCGGAUCCUAUCAUGGGCAGAGUCAAGUAGGAUGGCACUUGAGCAAGAACAAAACUGUCUUUCCACAUAUUUCCGUCCACAGUUGAAGUUCACGACAUGGUAAGACCCCAACUUCUGACGGGCGCAUCUGCAGGUACCUGCACUAGCGAGUACGCGUACGGUCGAUCAAGCCUCCCCGCACCCGCCAUCAUUCUUAC